CUUUAAACUUCCCAACAUCAACUUACCUUUUCCCUACGUGCGUAUCUACGAGGUAUAUAUAUAUAUAUAUAUAUAUACAUCAUCUAGACACUGCACAGGCUGCUUUUUUUAUUCUAGUAAAAUCAAUCAUACAGAAAGAGAACUCAACCUGCCGAACUGGCAGCAUGCGACGCACCCCAAUGACGAAGCGUAAAGCGUGCUUUAUAGCAUGUAUCCUUCCUUGCGCAGCAGUAUACUACUGUAUAAAAUACACUUUUCGCGCCGUCGAAGAAACCCUCGAUGCAGUAGACAGCGCCCGACAACGCCACCGCAUUAAGACGCGCAAGCGCCCCAAAUCAAAGCCUCUAGCUGUAAUCCCGUCCGUGUCUAAGAGAACAUCCGCUUCUGCCCCCAUCAAAACUUCCUUCCUACACCUCCCCCCGGAGAUCCGCCUCAUGAUAUACCGCCUGGUCUUCGGGGGCCCGGCCAUCAUGCAAGUCCGCUCCACGUACUCGAUGCGGGGCCCCCGCCCCGAGACAUGGGUGUCUGGACAGGGGAUCCGCGACGACGCAGACGAGCCGAGCAAGGCGCUCCGUCUAAUCAUUGGUCUCGGCGGCUCGCCCCUGCGCCAACUGGUUGCUCCGCCGAGCGUCGGGUGUGUCAUCUACGGAUACGUGUCGCGGUUGAUCUGCGGCGAAAAGCACUGCUUCGCCAUAACCCGGUACCACGACGACGAAGCCGUGCACUACACGGAUCUGAUGCGCACCAGCCGGGCCGUGUACGGAGAGGCGUUGGAUCUGCUGUACGCGGAACACACGAUUUCGCUGUUCGGGGUGGAAAUGGCGCGGUACUUCUGCCGCAACGCUAGCCCGGAGGGUAUGAAGCGCAUACGCUUUGCGCAUGUGGCGCUUAUCAUUCCGUCUUCGAGCUGGGAUUCCCCGUCGCAGAAGAAGAGUAUUAAGGAUACUAUGAAAUUACUGCGGCACUCGCUGCCACACUUACUGCAGUUAGAUAUUGAGGUGGCGGUGACGUGGGGACAGCCGAAGGACACGGGACUUUUCUGGAGCUGGUUGACGGAUGAUGGUGUGCUGGGGCAGUUCCGCGGGCUGGAGAAGUUCGUACUAAAAGCGUCGGCGUAUUUGCCGUUUACAAUGCGGCCCCGUGGGAAUUGCGAAGCGUGGACGCCGCAGUAUGAAUUACUAGAGUCGUGGGAUGAUGGGGAGUAUCAGGCGCUGAAGACAAGGGUGACGAGUUUGGAUGAGGCGAUGGCAUCCUCUUAAAUUAUUGUCUGGAUCUAUGUAGUGUCUUUAUCAUGCAUUACCCCCUACGAAUUAACAACCAUACCGUUAGGAGCGCUGUACACUGGAUCAUCACAUUAGAAAUUUAUGCUAUCUACCAG